CGGCGAGACCCCCGCAAAAAGCCGGAACCCCCCGCCCGGAGGAGAUUCGCAAAAUGGCCAUCGGACGGAUUAAUCUGCAAUCAAUCGGGGGCUGAUUAGUGUGGUCGCCUUGUUCACUGUGCGUACAAUAAUUGGCAGCCAUAUUUAAGGCGAAAAGUUUGCGCAUCCUUCAAAGACGAAACAAAAAGUGAACAUAAAGUUGAACAACAGAAAAAAAACAGUGCUGAAAAGGUGAUAAGGAAGAGAGUCCCCAGCAAAGGUGAUCCUUCUCCAUCCAACUUGUUGGGAAUCUUGAAGGGAAACGAUAACCGGAGUGUUUUGUGUUGAAAAGUGGUGCUGCGGAAGCUUGUGGUGAAUGCGGUGCCGUUGCGGAAGGUCAAUCUUUUACGAAUCGUGAAACAUUGUUACUUCAUGCGGGGCGAGGAAUAAACAACGACGGGGUUUUGCAUGUACGCCUCGGAAUGGCCUGAACCCGGGUUGAGCAGCACCGUCGAGGGCCGAGGUCGUCGUGCGGACGAAAGAACCGGCGGCAGCAGCAGGACGAACGGACGUCGAACCACCACUACCGCCAGCUCGGCCGGAAUGAGUGACAGACGUCGAGUGCGGACCGGAGGCGGAGGAGGUGCAUCAAUCAAGAUGGAACACUUCCAAGCGGCUCUCGAUCCUCGGAAGCAGGAACUGCUCGAAGCUCGAUUCUUGGGCGCUAGGAUGUCUGCUGGAACGCAACUGCAGAUGGCACCACAGACAACCAUAGUACAACAAGUCGGCCAAAAUCAUCACCAUACGCAUCAUCUACAGCAGCCGCCGCAGCAGCAGCAGCAGCCACACCCGGUGCAGCAGGCGGCCCACUACAGCAGCAACCCCCAGCAGCCGGUUGGAUUGGUAGUUCCGCCACCGCUGGGAGCGCUCACUAGUUUGCAGCAGCAACCGCCGCCACACUACACCAACAAUAACAAAGACCAGCAGGACUCCAACAUGAGCACCGGCUCGUCGCAUAGUGAUAAGGAGCUAGAGACUAUAAUCAAUACCCCGACGCCGGAGAAGAUUCCCCGGACGCCGUCGGACCGGAAGCGCAAGCGGAAAGCACCGGACGACAAUGGGGGCCCCGGGGGAGGGGGUGUGGGAGGCGUUGGAGGCGGCGGCGUCGCCGGAGGUCAUAUUCGUGAUAGAGAUAGUGUUAAGGGUCCGCGUUUGUCGAUACCACCAUUAGGCGAUAAGAAAAUCAAUGACUACUUUUCCAAGCAUCCGGUGAGCAGCCCCCAUCGGCCACAUCCGGCCGGUACCGGAGCGAGUGGUCCCCUAGGAGCAAUAAGUAAUUCUGGCCCGCAGGCACAGCCUGGUCCCCCGGGCGGCGGAAGUCAAGGGCAAGGCCCGCAGGUUUCCACCAAGAGUCCCAGUCCCCAGCAGCAGCAGCAACAGCAACAACAGCAGCCGCCGCCACCGCAGCACGGUCAGUACCCAAUGUAUCCACCUAGUCCACAACCGCAGCUCGUACCUGUGGUGACCUCCAGUGGUAACCUUACCAGCGCGUCGACGCCCCAGGACAUGUACGGGCGACCGCAGCGCGGCGGUUCCGUUUCUUCCACACUAGUUCCUCCAUCGUCAGUAUCCGCCACGUCGACGUCGUCGUUACUAAACGCAUCCUCAUCUGUUGUGUCCGGGGUGGGCACGGUCCCCAACUCCCAGCAGCAACAACAGCAGCGAGAUCGAGAUUCUCAGCCACCUCCACCUCCCCUGCCUCCCCCGAGUUCUGUCGUCGUGCAGCAGCAGCAAGUGCAAACGCAGCAGACGCAACAAACGCAAGCUGCCCUGGGAACGCCCAACUCUUCACUAGCCAUCAACAGUCUAGCAGCGUCGUUGAACCAUGCCAACAACGGUACCAACACCAACACCAGCAGCAGUAGUAACAGCCACAGCCUAGCGAAUGCCGCCACGUUAGCUCAAGUCACCUCCCAGCAGCAGCAAGUCCAGCAAGUCCAGCAACCCCAGACGCCCCCCGCUCCCCUCAUGGUGUCCAAGCUGACCCAGACGGACCUGUCCGCGGCGGACAUUACCGAGCGGGACACCGACUUUGAGCAGUCGCGGACGCGGGCCGACGAGCUGUCGCGGCUGUCGGACGAACAGAAAUGCCAAAUCAGCGCCCACCAGAAGGUGAUCGAGCAGCACAAGAGCCACAUCAACAAGUGCAUCGACGUGGUGAAGAAGCUGCUCAAGCAGAAGAGCAACAUCGAGAAGAAGGAGGCGCGGCAAAAGUGCAUGCAGAACCGGCUCCGGCUCGGGCAGUUUGUGACGCAGCGGGUCGGGGCGACCUUCCAGGAGAACUGGACCGACGGUUACGCAUUUCAGGAGCUGGCCAAACGCCAGGAGGAGAUCACUGCCGAGCGGGAGGAGAUUGACCGCCAGAAGAAAUUGCUCAUGAAGAAGCGACCGACGAACAGCGAGAGCGGCCGGAAGCGCAACAAUUCCAGCACGUCGGCGGCGGCGGCCGCUGCGGCAGCAUCCGGAACCGGGGCCGGUGGCGCCGGCUCGUCGACGACGCUGGCCGCGUCCACGCUGCACAACGGCAACGACAACACGUUCCUAAAGCCGGACCCGGUGGUGAGCAGCAACACGACCUUCACGAUCCAGGAGUACUACGAGUGCGACGAGAUACUGAAGCUGCGCCAGAACGCGCUCAAGAAGGAGGACGCCGACCUGCAGCUGGAGAUGGAGAAGCUCGAGCGGGAGCGGAAUCUGCACAUCCGCGAGCUGAAGCGGAUACACAACGAGGAUCAGUCGCGCUUCAACAAUCAUCCCGUGCUGAACGACCGGUAUCUACUGCUGAUGCUGCUCGGCAAGGGCGGUUUCUCCGAGGUGCACAAGGCGUUCGACCUCAAAGAGCAGCGAUACGUGGCCUGCAAGGUGCACCAACUGAACAAAGACUGGAAGGAAGAUAAGAAAGCUAACUAUAUUAAGCACGCGCUUCGGGAGUACAACAUCCACAAGGCGCUCGACCACCCGCGGGUCGUCAAACUGUACGAUGUGUUUGAGAUCGAUGCCAACUCAUUCUGCACCGUGCUGGAGUACUGUGAUGGGCAUGACCUGGACUUUUAUCUGAAGCAGCACAAGACGAUACCGGAGAAGGAGGCCCGAUCGAUCAUUAUGCAGGUUGUGUCAGCGUUAAAGUAUCUGAACGAGAUCAAGCCUCCGAUCAUCCACUACGACCUGAAGCCGGGCAACAUCCUGCUGACGGAGGGUAACGUCUGUGGUGAGAUCAAGAUCACCGACUUUGGUCUGUCCAAGGUGAUGGACGAAGAGAACUAUAACCCGGACCACGGUAUGGAUCUAACGUCACAAGGUGCUGGAACUUAUUGGUAUUUGCCGCCGGAGUGUUUCGUCGUGGGCAAGAACCCCCCGAAGAUUUCGUCCAAGGUGGACGUGUGGAGCGUCGGGGUGAUAUUCUACCAGUGUCUGUACGGGAAGAAGCCGUUCGGGCACAACCAGAGCCAGGCGACGAUCCUCGAGGAGAACACGAUCCUGAAGGCGACCGAGGUGCAGUUUGCCAACAAGCCGACCGUCUCGAACGAAGCGAAGAGCUUCAUCCGGGGCUGCCUGGCGUACCGGAAGGAGGACCGCAUGGACGUGUUUGCGCUGGCCAAGCACGAGUAUCUGCAGCCGCCGGUGUCGAAGCACAGCCGGUCGGUGGCGUCGAGCCAGAACCAGCACGGCAGCGGCAACAGUGGCGUCGGCGGCAGUGGCCAGGCGGGCGCCGGCAGUGGUGCCGGUGGCGGAGGAGGUGGAUCGGGAGGUUCGGGCGGCGGCGGUGGCAACCAGGCCGGCCAGCAGACGUCCUUUUCCACGGGCAUGUUUGGCAACAUGAACCAGUCGAGCUCGUCUUAGUGUCGAUUCUUCGCUGUCGGCGCCGGCUUGAAGGUCGUGGCGGCGACGACGACGACGAUUGCUGCCGCGACUCCAACUCUGACUUUGACAGCUGCUGCUGCUGCUCCUUCCGCUAUUGCUAUGACGACGACGACGACCGCCGCGACGAAUGCGAUCAACGCCAACAACAACAAGAACGAUCUUUCGCCGCCAACGUCAUCCAAAUCAUCCAAAUAAGGUGAGAGAGAGAGGGAACGUCAAGCUGACGUUCGUCGUACUGUAAGUAACAAACCACAACAAGCAAAUGUGAUGUGCUUAGCAAAAACAAACAAAAACAAAAGAAAGAUAAUGAGAUACACAGCAAAACAAUAGAUGGAAGUCGUUUUUUCCUAGCAAAUCAAAAACAAGAGUAAGAAGACAAAAGGGAAAAAGAACCUUACACGCACACACAUCAUCCAACCAGAAAACAAUUGAAAAAUGUUUCCCUGUUUUUUCCCAACAAUCAAAUCAACAAGCAAACCCAAACACAAAUCCAAACACAAAAGUUAAAAGUCGAUGUUUGUCGUGUAAGUAACAAAACAAAACAAGAAAAAACGUGACGUUCAUAAGCUAAAACGAGGAAAAGAUUAAGAGAAAUAGUAAACAAAAUCACAAACACACACCCUUUUACAUAAAAACAAAACAAAACAAAAAACUGCACGUCAGCGCCGGUAAGGUAAGACGAAAGACGAGGGGGCGCAAACUCGAAUCAACGUUUUAGCGUAAAACUUUGUUUUCUUCUAAUUUCUCUUGUACAUAGAAAAAUCAAAACAAAAAAACACAAACUCACACACAGAACAGUAGUCGGAAACAGAGGAAGCACACGGACGCGGAUGAUGGUUACGAUGCAUGGCGAAGGAAAAGUUUUGUUGCGUUUUUUUUUUUGAGGACUAAGUUUAUUGUUUUAAUUCUCAAUAUUGUUUCAAUGCUUGAAAUUUAACGAAAGACUUGUCAAUAUAUUUUUUUUUCUUAGAAAAAAUAAAAAUUUUACUGUCAAAGUGUCACUUCCAAACUCGAUGAUGGCAGAAAAAAGCAACUAUACUGCAUUUCAGCGUGAAGUGUUGUACUGGAUUUCGGCGUGAAUUGAAGAGUGUCGAUGGUGACGAGUUCAUCUUGAAUUGCGGUGUGAGCGAUUGCGAAUUGGCGAUUUCUGCGAGGCGGUUCUAAAAUUGAAAAAAAAUCGGGAGUAAUUUUUUUUCGAUGAAAAAUAUUGCAUUGUUUGCAGUUUUUAACUGUUUUUGCAAUUUUUAAACACUUUUUAUCUGAAUAAUUACACAAACAACAAAAUUAGGUAAAUGAUUUCUGCCUGUAAUAUUUCCAUUUCAGCCACAUUCUUUGCUAAAUGGGAAUGUAAGUUGAAUCAGCUAAAGUUAAGCUGUCUUUGCCAGGAACUUUGCAGUCUGAGAAAAUGGUCAAAACGCUAGCUAGAUUAAAAAAGAUUAUUCAUGAAAUGGCAAUGGUUGCUUAGACUAGUGAAUUCCAAUUAACUGCAGUGUCAAAUUUAUUCCACUUUUAAACUCGAUGAUGGCAGAAAUAAGCAACUAUACUGCAUUUCAGCGUGAAGUGUCCUGGAUAUCAGCGUGAAUUUAAAAAAAAGUCGCUGGUGAUUAGUUCGUCUUGAACAGCGGUAUGAGCAAUUGUGGUUAUGAUGAUUUCUGCGAGAUGAUUUGAUUUGAGAAUAUUUUGCGUAUUUUUGUGAAGAUGUUAUGUAAAAACGUGUUGGGAUAAACAAAACUGUAUCUUGUAUCUGUAUCCGUUUUUGAUCAUAAACAUCGGAUAAUGAUCCGAACGUUUGUGUUAAAAAACUGUUCAGAUGAGUCAAAAUGAUGAAACCAUCAACGGGUAGGGGUUCUACAGUCUAAAUUCAGUUAAAUUUAUUGCGGAAUGGCUAUGGUUUAAGCUGAAUCAGUGGCUUGAUUUUUUUAUGUUUUAGCAAAAAUAUCACGAUCUGGCAAUGGAUGGUCUACUUCGAUGAUAUCUUAUUUAAAAUUCAGAUUCACCGCAAUGUCAUUUGAACUAGUGAAUUUAUUUUCACAAAAAAAAUUAAAUUAUAACUCAACGGUUUAAAAACUUUAAAGAAAUAAGGUUGGUAAAAUACUGGAAAUUUAAUACUUAAAUACACGUUUUUCAGAGUAUUGUUUUUAAAUUGAGUUUUUGGGCAGUUCCAGAUAAUUUCAAAUUGAGUUAAAUUAACACAAACAAAUGCAGGCAAACUGUCAAAAAGUGCGAUUUUGUUUGUUUGUUUGUUUGGAAUAGUCUAAUACCUCCUUCAGAUGUUAAUAAACGUCAAGGUCAUAAGGUAAAAUAUUUUGUUCAGCAAAUAUGAGUAAUUUUAACGAAAUAUUGGUAAAAAAUACGGUUUAUUGUCGGAACUCGGCAUUUUUCAACUGUGAAAAUAAGUUGUUAAGUUUCAUCCUAAUCAUGCUGUCUUUUUAAAAAAAUAAAGUUUGCUGUAAUAGAAUUUAUCCUUCAGACUAGUGACUCAUUGAGUGGGAUGAGCUGAUAUUUUUUAUAAGUUCAGUGAAAACAUACCGCUAGUGAAAAUACAAUCUAGACACUGUUCUCUCUGCCGUAAAGAUAUAAACGUCAAGACUCAUACCAGAGUUCAUGAUGAACUGUUCAAAGUUUCAGUUCAAUGACUUCAAAGCGAGUUGAAAUGCACGCCGAAAUCUAGUAUAGCAGUUCAACACGAACAUUGGUAAAGGUUCCGUUGGAAAUGAUGAAAAAUCAGCAGAUUUUUGCGUAUUUCCAAAAAAUAUCUCAAUUUUAUCAAAUAAAACUCAACAUUCAAGAUGUUUUGAAUAUCUUUCAAUGAAGUUUACAACUUCAAUCAAGAAUCAAGUCGUCACGCGCAAGUCGCUCAAUCGAAAAAAAGGUUAAAUCAAGCAAGAGGAAGAAGUAGAAGGAGCAACAGAAAGAGUCACAGGCGGAAGAGAGGCUGCAAACUGGAGAAAAAAGAAACGGUGGCGAGGCAAAACGAAAAUGCCGUGAAAUUAAAAAUGGAAAUUCGCAAAGAAAACAAGAAAAGUGUGUGAAAAUGAGAAUAAAUGUGUGUGUGCGAAAUGUAGUGUGAAUGCGCUGUAAAUUUUUCACUUUAGGGUCAGCAGGACAUUAUGAAUUGUUGUUUGUUAAUUCCAUUGAAGAGAAAGAGAGAGAGAGUAAUAAAGGGGGGAGGAGCUAGAAAGGCCGAAGGCCGAAACUCAAAAAAAAUCUUCAAGCCACGCCCACUGUUGUAAUGUGGGCGUGCGGCGUUCUCUCGCCCGCAUCUUUCUUUCGUUACUUUGUAAAUAUUACCGGAUUAGUGUUUUGUUUUAUUAUUAUUAUCAUUAUUAUUAUAACGACAGAAGAAGAAGUGAAAAACAACAACACACAGACACACCCACACACUUGAAGCUUCAUCGGUUAGGGAUGAAGCGACAAAUAAAAAAAAGAAAACUAAUAAUUUUUCAAUUCUGACGCGCGAUCAUCAUUCACAAUAAUAUGGCUCCUAGGAAGAAAAAAAGAGAAGAAGAGAGAAACAGCUAGCGAGCGCGCGCGUGUUUUUAUCGAACUCUUUUUCUUUUCUUUUUUUUAAAAACAUUACUUGGUAGGGAAACCAAAUACAACCUGUAGUCAGUGUGUGAGUGAGAAAGGAGAGGGAAUGAGUGAGAGAGAGUGUGAAAUUAUAGAAAAACAUUAAUCGUGAAGCGUGAGUUAAAAGUGAGCUGUUUUUCCUCUAAAAAAAAGAAAAUAAAAACUCUACAAUAGUGAAGCAAAAAAAAAA